AUGGCUCAAAAAGCCAUUGGCGUUAUUGUCUGCAGUACCCGGCCCAACCGCAUCAACCCGUCGGUGGCCAAGUAUGUUCUGGACAUCAUGGAGACCGUCCCCCAAGCGGCGGACGGAACGGUCAGGUUGGAACUCAUCGACCUUGCGGACCAGCAUCUACCGCUCUACGAUGAGCCCGCCGUACCAGGCCACCUUCCUGCCGGGGACCCAACGCCGCACUAUGUGCACGCUCAUUCGCGAGACUGGUCGACGACAGUGCGCCGCUUCGAUGCCUUUGUCUUCGUCACGCCACAGUACAACUGGUCGGUCCCCGCAAGCCUCAAGAACGCGCUCGACUACCUGUUCCACGAGUGGAAGGGCAAGCCGGCAGGCAUCGUCACCUACGGCCACCGUGGCGGCGAGAAAGCCGCGGCGCACCUCGUCACCAUCCUCGCGGGUCUGCGCAUGGGCGGCGUAGUCGAGCCGAAGGUAGCGCUGCGCAUAGUGAAGGCCGAAACGGACCCGGGUGCCGUCGGGUCGGCUGCUCGAGCGUUGUGGCUGGAAGAUGGUGCUGACAGGACUAUCAGGGCCAUGGCUGAGCAGCUGUCGCAACGCUGCCUGGCAGAGGAGUAG